CGCCAUAUUUCUCUGUCGUCGUGCGCGGUGUGUGCUUCAACAAGCUAUUCGAGAUCUCACAAUUUAGUUCCUGCCUUGCACUUGUUCGUUUAUUCUACUGUCUUCUAUUCAUAAAUUCUGCUAUGGCUGAUCGUAAUCCCAUUAUGUUUGGUCCUGAAUGGCUACGAAAGUUGGCGCGAGAGCGUAAUUUAACAAGACCAAAUAAUCCAAAUAACACAGGGCCGAGACCAAUACUGGCCAGUGGUAUGUCUGGAAAUCAAACAGCUGGAUUUGGUCUUGGUGCUUCGUCCUCCGGGACUACCAACACAACAGGACAGCCAGUAACAACACACAGUCAGUUGAGAGAAAAUGCGUCAAGUUCAGGCGGGGCUGCGGCCAUUCCCGCACCGGCAAUACCGGUCAAUCAAAACAGACACAAUACAUCAAACUCAUGUGCAUCUGGAGUCACACCCCUGCCUGGCACAUCAGGAACCCAAAACAAACAAAAUGCAUCAAGCUCUGGUGCUACUGCAAAUUUGGCUGUACCUAGUACAUCUGGCACUCAAAACAGAAACACAACUAACAACCAACAACCCAAUAAAGUAUUACUAGCAAAAUUGAGGUAUGGCAGGGAGGAGAUGUUGGCUCUGUAUGACAGUAACGUUGAUGCACCAGAACAAUUAAAAUAUUUUGAUUUACUUUACCAACCCAGGGGAAAAGUACCAUUUGCAUUAAAUACAUUUGAAGAGGAACAUAAUUUGCGAGAAGGAAUUAGAGGUGGUCCACCUAUUAGUGGACCUUUACAAGGAGAACGAUUUAGUGCAGGUCGUGGUGCAGGUCGAGGUUUAUUGAAUAACACCAGUAGGCGCAUUCCUUUUGUCCGGCAGUUAUCCAAUGGCAGAGGAUGGAAUAGUCAGAAACCUAGACUCCCAGGAUUCAGUGCAGGUUCACCAGAUGACGAAACUCCAGCAUUACGAUCAUGGAACUCUAGCAAUGGAGCUGGACCGAGCAGAGCUACACCAACUGAACAAGCUGAAUGGGCGCAGAACAAAUUAUUCCGGAAUAGACGACAAGUUCACAAUACUAAUUGGCGACAAUCGGCCAGAGAAGAAGGCGAUGAAUGGCGAUUGAAUGAGGCUGCAGGAAAUAGACCAGCAAACCAAGAGCGCGACUGGCCAGACAGACCGCCUCAAGAGAGAUCACAGUCGUGGAGUACCAAUCGGCGUCCAUGGUCUGAGAACCAACAUAGUGAUGAUCUACCAGAAUGGGCUAUUGAUAAUCCUGAAGCAGGGGCUGGAUCAUUCGAUUCAUCUGGAGCGUUCCAUGGAUACAGCAAUGAUGACUCCAACUUACCAAAAACCAUUGAAACACCAUAUCAGCUGGCUCGGUCCCAUACACAUGCUUCAUUAGCUCGAUCUAAAACUGUAGAGGAAGGUUCAGAGGAAUGGUGGGCUUCGGAAAAAGCUAAAAAGCUCUCGCCUAAACGUUUCCCUGCUGGAGAUUUUAAAUUUGAGAAGAAGGUUGAAAAUUUACAGACGUCAAAUCAUUCUGAUCCGAACGAGGCCAGUACCAGUACAAGUGCACGCAACAGGCAAAUAGAUUUGGAAGAUCUUCAACAAAUACCUGAAAAAUUGGAAAAAGACUCAUCACCAGAAGCGAAAAACAAAGCUGCAGAGGAUUCUAAGAACCAGUAUGCUGAAAGUAAAACAUUUGAUGCCCUGAUGCGUUCCGAUAUAGAUAUUGCUGAUGCUAAUGACGACCGCAGCAAUUUCCAAUCAGUCAUGAUAACUCCUAAUAAUAGUCUCCGUCAGAAACAUCAAAAUAUUGUAACAUCUACAGUUGACUCAUCCAAUCAGCCGAACAUCAAUCCUGGUCUCCUACAGAUGUUCCAUGGAAUUCCACAUGGAAAUGAGAAUGACACUAACCAAUCGGCCGAAGAUAGAAUUGUGGAUGAUUUAUUUGAAAUGUCGCUCUUAGAUGAACCGAACUUGUCCUUAAGGAAUAUUGGACCUAAUAUGACACACCAGCCCUCUGGCAAUUUGUGUAUGAUUCCGCAAAUGCAAUCCCUCAAUUCCAAUAUACAUAUGGGGCUCGCCAACCCAGCCUUGCAAAAUCAUGCUAUGAUGAAUUCUGCCCCUAAUAUGUCCAAUCCAUCUGGUCAAGGCAAUAUUCAGAACAUUGGUAUGCCCAAUUCAGUAUUGAACUCUUCAUUGGGUCUACCGAUUGGUGGAGCCAACAAUGGCAUGGUGCUACCUAUGCAAGGAGUUUUACCACAGGCAAUGCCUAACAAUCCCAUAAAUCCUGCUAUGAAUAUACCGAUGCCGCAACAUCCAAAUGUAAUGGGCAACUACCAACAGAAUCCAGCCAUUCCGGUAAUGCCAACACAGAAUGUUGCAAACUCUUCACUGUUUUUGGGACAGCAAAAUAAUAAUUCGCAAAUUCCAACACCUAAUGAUAUGAAUCUACAAAAUCCAGGAGGUCAAAGCAAUAUGUUCCCAAUGCACGGAUUACAACAUGGUGGCGCUCAGGCUCCUUUCAACUCCAUCUAUAAUAACAUAAUGCCUCCAACAGCCAAUCAAAAUAAUGGUACCCCACAAAGUAUGAUUGAUCAGUGGUAUUAUGAGGAUCCUGAGAAAAUAAUACAAGGGCCAUUUUCAUCAAAGGAGAUGUUUAGUUGGUACAGGGCAGGAUUUUUCAACAACAGUUUAAUGGUGCGCAGAGCGUGCGAUUCUCAUAUGCGCCCACUCGGUUCUUAUGGACCCAUCGUGCCUUUCGCUCAAAGGGAUCUUAUUUCCUCAUAUCCACAUAUACCCGGAUUUGAUUCGCGCCAGCAGCCUCCUCGUGAAAUGAUAAACCAGCACGGAGGACUAGGGAUUGAUGUUGCAUUGACUAACAUUAGGCCCACGCUACGACUGGGCUCUGAUCGAUUAAUUACAGUUCAAGUUCAUCCGCCAUUACCGCACGCCAUCAUGGAGUCUUUGUGGAGUCAGCCAUCACCAAAUCAGGAUCUAAUAUGGAUGCAAUCGGCUCACCGCCCCAAUCCUAAUCCAAUGGUUAAUAACAACUUGGCCAUGUUCUUUUGGGAAUCACAGCCAUCAGCGAUCCCUACCAAUUCUAUCUUGCCCGAAGAUGUUGCCAAGGAGAUGAAAACUGAAGAUGAGAUUUUAGCGCAACUGCGAGCUUCUCAAAACAUACCGGUGUCGCAGCCUUCGUUCAUCAACGAUCCAGUGCCAGCGUCUGCAAGCGCUGCUAACAGUGACGUGCCAUUCCCCAAAGUUCCCGUAACACCGGAUCUCUCGGAACUCCAAAAGUUGAUGCAACCAGAACCUCCAAAGAGUACACAACCCCCUGCUGAAGUGAAUGCUGAAAAGGACACUACCAUGGAAAAGACAACAACUAAAUCUGACAAAGAGGAAAAAGCUGACUCACCUGUUGAUGAGAUAAAUAAUGCAAAGCUACAGCAAACUCCAGUUAAAUCCGACCCAAAGGGGCAAAAACUCGCUAAGAAUGACUCCGAGAAGAAUGUAAAAGCUAAAGAAAAUACUGUCACAAAAGCUAAAAAUAAGAAAUCCAAGGAUGACAAGAAAGAUGAUACUAUUGAAUUAAAAUCUAAGGACGAUGACGCUAACAAACUUGCGAAGAGGUCUGUGGAAUCUUCACCAUCAAAGACAAAGAAGGAAGAAAAACAAAACAAGAAAGAAAUUGAAAAGGAGAAAAGGGAAUUGGUGAAAGACGGCUUCACCAUGGUAAAGAGUACAGAGAAAAGUAACAACAAGGAUUUAAAGAAAAAAGCAGACGAGACUAAGGCUGCCGAAGAAGCUGAACGUAAACGCAAAGAAGAAGAAAAAUUAGCGCUUGAGGAGGAAAAGAAAAAAUUAGCAGCUGCCACCAAAAAACAGCAGGAAAUUCAACAACAGAAGCAAGCGGCCGAGUCGGUGGCGAAGAAAGCUCCUUGGUCAGUCGUGGCCAAUCAAGCAAUGGACACUAACAAGGAUGGACUAACCUUAGCCGAAAUACAGAAAAUGGAACGUGAGAAAAAAUUGGAGCAAAUGAAGGAACAACAGCAGAUGAUGCAGAUUAUCGCGCAGCAACAGGCUGCUACAUUGGCAAGGGAACAGGAGAUGCAAGUUGGUCUCGGUUGGGCUAAAAAGAAGAGUGCAAAUCCUAACGCACCAGGACAAAGUUUGGCUGAGAUUCAGGCGGAGGCUCGCCGCAAGUGCACGGUCGCCGCGUUAGCUGCGUUCGCGAAGCAGUCGCUGGAAGAAGCGCAGGCCUUGCCCACACCGAUACCCAACCCGAUGCCGUGGGGCAGUGCGUCUAAUGUCGGCUCAGGAGCUGGUGGUUCGCCUGAUGGUGGUUUCUGGGAUACGCAACCGAUUCAGCCUCCCAAACCGGAGCCCGUUAAGCAGGACCCGCCCAAGCCAGCGGACAUGAACAAGAACAAGCUGAAGGUGACGAUCGCGGUAAACACCGGCGCCGUGCCCAAGAAGGAGACAACGCCUGCCAUGGAGUUUGAGACCUGGUGCUCGCAGGCUCUUGGCGCUUGGAGCUCGAAGAUCGAUGUGCCGACCUUUGUUGGUUUUCUGAAGGACAUAGAGUCGCCGUAUGAAGUGAAGGACUAUGUCAAGUGUUAUCUCGGUGAAUCUAAAGAUUCCAGUGAUUUUGCCCGUCAAUUCCUCGAGAGAAGGUCCAAACUCCUUCGCGUCGGAAUGGUAACGCCGUCCGACGAUCUUUGCUCUCCUGCGCUGGCUAUAAAUCCCCGCAACACGUCUACUUCGGACUAUCAAGAAGUAAAGGGCAAAGGCAAGAAAACAAAGAAGAACAAAAUGAUGAAAGUGGACGCUCGUAUCCUCGGCUUCUCUGUGACAGCCGCCGAGGACCGGAUCAACGUUGGGGACAUCGACACCGCCUGAACCCGCAAGCCCCAACCCAACUCGCCUUGUGAUAACCCCCCGGGGGCUAAAUAACUUUAUUUCGUAUUUAACAGCGCAACAUGGUAUCCAUCGUUCCCUGUCCCACUACCGACGGCUUGAGCAAUCUAUGUAUAACGCGUAAUUAUUGUGUUUAAUUAUUAAUGUACACGUACACGUUGCUGCGACCCAUACGCAGAAUUGCGUGCGUGAUCGAGAUUGUCUUUCCUAUCUCAGCGUUCGUAGAUCUGAUUCUAUGGGUCGCAGAAACGUACGUGUACGUUUCUAGAACUUUCUUUGUAAUCCGCGGGAAAAGCAUUUUUUUAUUAAUCAUUCUGUUGUUUUUGUUCAACCAUCACUUGUAAUGGACGAUAACGUACGUGUGCGAUACAUUCUUCUUGACGUAUUUUUAUAUUUGUUACUGGCGUUCAGUUGAUAGCCAUCGAAACUGAACGUCAGUACAUUCAAUAACAUCAUAUUAACUAAAAAUACGUGAUAUACAUCAAUACUAUUUGAAACGCUUUUAAAAGUUGAUUUGUAAUCAACUUUUCAUAAGCUGCUGAACUCAUUUUUCUGUCUUAAUAUCAAACGAUGAUAAAGGUAUGUAAACACUUAUCUUUAAGCAUUUAUUUAUUCACCGACAAAAUCAGUAUCACUUUUUCAUUAUCGAUUUAUUGUACUAACUUGUAUUAACAGACAAAAGCAUUUUUAUUUUAAAUUGAACCAUUGUAUCGUGUGUCUUGAAUAAAUUUAAUUGAAUAAAUUUAAUUUAAGUUUCACUAAUUUUACUCGUUUGACUGAAACAUACUAACGUAAAACUUAGCUUCAGGAUGUAUAUACGCACUAUAUCAACAUUGCUCAACUCGUCGGUUACGUUUCCUCGAUGUUUGCACGUCAAUUUUUGAUGACUUAAUUUUUUUGUUGAUGAUGAACGUAGGCUACACGUUUCGCCAUUUUAUUUAAGUGAAUCUAUUAUGUGCAUGUUAUUGACUUUAUUUCGAUAGAACUGAGCGCUGGAACAAUUGGAGUAUUCACUUCGUGGCAUAAUAAAUAUAAUUUACGUAUAGUUAGACGUGUCGCUCAGCUCCAUCGAGAUGUCAGUCAAUAAUUUCGUGUUUACGCCAUCACUCUGGCCAAGCUACGGAAACAUGCACUCUAGUAUUUUACUGUAUACAAUAUAUUACCAAUACUUGCAGGCUCAACUCUUAAUAAUUUUACGCGUGAUAUCUUCUAAGUGCAUAAUACGCGUCGGUGACACAUAUGCGUCAAUUUUAAUUUUACACUAUUACAUAUUAUUAUAUUUAAAUGAUAGGGUAUUCAAUAAUUUUGGUCAAUUUUGAUGAUGCGGUCGCUAUACAUUAAAAGAGUUUGUAAUUCCAUAAGAAGUAGUGGCUAACUAAAUUCAGUGAUCUAUCAAACCGUAUGUGCUCUAUUAUAAUAUUUUAAUUUACAAUGUGGUGAUAUUCU